GCAGCAGCGCCGUCAGGAGGCUGGGAACUGGGGGCUGGGGAACCGGAGGCGGAGGUCAGGCUGAGUCUUCCCCGGUAAUAAGGAGCAACGCGUCCCGCGGUCCUGGCUCCUUGGGUCCUGUCGGAUCAGGUCUGGGCGCCGCUGCUGUGGCUCCCGCCGCGGCGGGUGCGAUGGAGACCGUGCCGGAGCCCAGCACUCACUCCGGAGGAGGUCGAGACAGCUGGCGGUUCUCGUAGAUGUGUCGGGGAAGGCAGCCCGGGCUCUCCAUGAGCAAGCGGCGGCGGCGACGGGGGCGGCGGCACCGGCGGUUUUCAGUCCCCGGGGAGGAUGAAGACACUGUUUGAAGAGAUCAAAGCAUCAAUUAAAAACAACUAUAACCAAGAUCGCUCGUUUUGGAGGCCCGUUCUGCCUUGGGGAGGUGUCUUCACGAUCAAAGCUGGCCGCAAAGCAGUGUCCUGUACCCCGCUCUACGUGGAAAUAAGACUGAAAAAUACCUGCACCAUAGAUGGAUUCUUAAUGUUACUCUACGUCAUUCUUCAUGAGAAUGAAAAUUUUCCCAGAGAACUCUCUCUUCACUUAGGGAGAGAGUUUAUAGACUGUUUUCUUUAUUUGAUGGACACCUAUAGUUUUACAACUGUGAAGCUACUUUGGAUUUGGGACAAGAUGGAAAAACAGCAAUAUAAAUCUGAAGUUUAUAAAGCUUCAUUAAUAAUUGAUCUGUUUGGGAAUGAACAUGAUAAUUUUACAAAAAAUCUUGAAAAUCUCAUGUCUACCAUACAAGAGAGCUACUGUUCUAACUGGCGAUGCCCAACUCGCGUGCAGGAGGAUCAGCAGCGCACAAUUAAUAUAAGUCCUCCCCAAGAAACUCCACAUGGAAACUUGAUACGACUGGCUGUCGAUGAGUUAUUCUGUUCCAAGAUUGAACUGUGUGAAGAACGUGGGUACAAUAAAACCUUUGUUAACCAGAACCCAAUUAAUCGGGACCCUCAGUUAACUGGAUUUUUUCUGCAUUCCUCAUUUGGGAGAAAGAGGUGUGAUGGUUUAAGAGAAUUCUCCCAACGAGUUUUCUGCCAUGGGGCACCCCCUUUUGUUGUCUUAAAUAUGCAGCAUUGGAAAUCGGAAGAUCUGGCAUAUGUACCCUAUCACUUGGAUUUAUCUGAUCAUAAAUAUUUGUUGGAAGGUGCCACAUUAUUUAACAAAGAGGAACAUCAUUAUUCUGCAGCUUUCCAGAUCGAUGGACAUUGGAUGCACUAUGAUGGCCUCAGAAAUGUGAAUUUAAUUUUGCUAAAUAAACCACCUGAGUUUCUCCUGUUGUCAUCAUUGGUUUAUAUUCGAGCAACAGAAAAAUAAAUAUAGGCCGAUGCUAAAUUUAAUUGUUUUCCCUUCUGCCCAUGCUCCCCAAGGUGAAGGGCUUUUAUUUUGUAUAUACUUGGUAUCCAAGGAAAUAGUUCAACUAUACUAGUUUCAGAGUUGUAUCUUCCAGUGUUUAGCCCCAGGUAAAUGUUUUAUAUAGAGAAUCUAUGCAAAAGUGUUUGUAUUUCUUUUUUCUAUAUCCAGGUUUAUUUUUAUACAAGCAUAUUUUAUGUUGAAAUAAAAUAUAUCUUUGUAUUUUUUAUUUAUAUGUACCUCAAAGAUUUUUUACAAUUCUGUCCAUGAAUCUAAGAAAACACUUGUCAUUUGAAGUCUCAACUUUGAGGGGCGAGGGGUAUAUCCAAAUAAAGUCUGCGUAGAAGUCAGUGUUUCUGUUUCUAUAAAUUCCACAGUUCAAAAUGUGUCUGAGAAUAUUCCUUUGCCCUACCUCACUCUAAUCCAAAGUGCAUUACUGGACCUAGUAUAUAUUUGAAUGUAUGAGUUGUAGACAGCUUAGUCUAUUUUACCUGUUGUUUUGCCUAAGUUCCCUGAAGCAGUUUUUUUAAAUUUUUGGUGAGAGUGCUUUCUGGGCUUGAAUAAUUUCUUUAUAAUGGCAAAUUUCUUUAACCACACUUGCUGAAGUAUUAUAUACCUGCCAGUGAAUCUUAAAUAUUAAUUAAGUUCCUAAGCCUAAUUAGAGUUAUUGUUAAAAAUAAAUUAUAUAACUAAUCUAAGCAAUUAUCUCAUAGUUAAAUGUCAUGGAACUUCUCCAAUAAAAAUGUAUUUUGCACAUAAGAUAAAUAUAAAAAAUAGGCAACUGGGUGUUUACAAAUGUUGGAUUAAUAGUAGAAAUGUAUUUUAAAUAUAUACUUAAGAGAACAUGGGUACUUGGAAGUAUUUUUCUAGUAAGUCAUAUUGGCACAGGAAAAAAAACAAAUUUUUCAAGUAACAUCUGUUGGCUCCUUUAUAAGUAGUAAAUCGGUAGCUUGAGACUUUGAUUUGCAAUAGAAAUCACUAGAAUUGUAAAGAUAACAGAAUAUUGUGUUUCUCUUCAGACACCCUAAGGUCUCUCUUUCUCUCUCUCUCUUGAAAUUUAAAGAGAAAAAAUUAAAUCCUAUUCUUAAGGGAAAAUACAUUUUGAAGUUUAUUACAAUUUUUUUAGUGUUUACAUUACAUUGAACAGUCCACCUUAGGUUUUGGGUUGAGAUUGAGCGCACUAUAUUUGGAAAUUUCUACAUGAUAACCCAGGUCACUGCCAUAUCCAAAUUGCUAGAUUUAAUUCAGUAGAUUGUCUUACAUUGGCAUGGUGCCAUGUUGAGAGAACAUACUGAAGAAUGUAUAAAUGUGAGCAAAAUGUUGCUGAAAAUGCCUCACUUUGAGCAAAUACUAUGAAAAUUCCUUUUUUACAUGAGAUAAAAAGUAGUGAUUUAUUUUAUAAAAAUAAAUUCACCCCAAGGUUUAUUUAAAUAGUUCCCCGCAUGUACUUAAAUAGGAUUUGAUUUACAGUAAACUUUUCUGGGGACACUCUCUUGCAUGAAUCAAAGUAUAGAAAAACACAAAUUCUAGCUUAUAUGUAAAUGGUAUCAUUAACAAAAUUAUUCCUACUGUGGAUUUAUUUUUUUUAGAACUUGCACUUUAAUUGGAAUGAUACUAGUUUAUCACAAAACCAUCACUUACCUACCUCACAGGGUUGUUGUGAGGAUUUAGAUGUUUGUUAAAACCUUGACUACCUUGAACAUGCUAAUAAACAUUUUUUUCUACCUCUUUCAUGUA